AAGCCGGAAGUAGCGACAGAGUAAACUCACGUGCACAACAUGAAAAACACAAAAAAGCACAACAAUGGGUCCAAAAAGGGGAAAUUCAAGCCAGGGUCGAAGAAAAGAGAAAACAAAUGCAUCGUAAUGUUUGACGACAAAGAGAGAAAUGAUUACCUUACCGGUUUCCAUAAGAGAAAGGUGGAGAGGAGGAAAGCUGCAGUGGCAGAAAUUCGUAAGAAAAUCAAGGAUGAGCAAAUUAGAGUCCGAGAAGAGAGGCAUAAGGAAUAUAUGAAGAUGUUGCAGGAGAGGACGGAAGCUCUUGAGGACUGUGAAGAAGACGAUCUGGAAGAUGCGAUAACCAGUACGACAGAGUCUGUACAGUUCGAUCACCCCAACCACACUGUCACCGUGACAACCAUCAGUGAUCUUGACCUCACUGGGGCUCACCUGCUUGGACCUGCAGCAAACCAGGAUAAUGGGGAGAACAAGGAUGAAGACAAGAAGGAGGAAGAGGUGGAGAAAACAACUCCGAUGCCAAGAAAAGCCGGCAACCCAAUCGUGAACAAAAAGAUCCGCUCCCUGAUGGCCUCGCUCAACACUUACACCAGCAAGGGGAAGAGGAAAGGGAAGCAGGAAGGCCGGAGAGGACGAGGCCGUUCGACAGACAAGAGACCCGGUGUCACAGAGAUGAAAAAGAGAACCGGUAGGACCAGCAAGUGGCAGAGACGUCGACAGACUGGAAAGAGGGUGCACCAUCAGGACUGAGAGAGUGUGUCUAAAAAUACGAUGUAAGAUCUGGACUGGGAAGAGACUCGACCUCUUGUGUCAGGUUUACGCUCCUGUGUUUGAGCGGGACAAGUGUGUGCUGAAAAGUUUGCAGAAAUGGACACAGGACGAUGUGGACGCUCAGUGUCUGCACCACGUUGGACCGUCUGUUCCUUCAAUACUUCCACAGUACCUGCCACUGGAAAUCUUCUGCUCAAACUUGUAAAUUUUUCAAAGCAAACCUGUUUUUGUAGUGUUAUUUCAUAAAAUAAACUUCACUAUAUUUACUGAA